AUGGCCUCUGACGGAUCAGAGAGCAAGUCCCGAAAGAGGAAGACUCCAGCCCAUGUUUCCCCUAACGCCUGUACAAACUGCAAGAAAGCGAGAGCAAAGUGUGAUGGAAAUGACCCAAAUCCUUGCACUCGGUGCGCUUCGAGAAGAAUUGAGAUAUCCUGCCAUUACGAAGUCCACGUCAAAACUGUCAAAGAAGAAAUGGUUCGAAAGAUCAGACAGUUGGAGGCUCAAAAUCAAGACCUCAUGGCACGUUUAAAUGAGCUAGGAUCAAAAGACCAAGGUACAUCUUCACUUGCAACCGCAGAGGCGCCCUCGAAUCGACAACCGCAGACAAGUCUGAUUAACUGUGUGCACCGCACGGAGCAGAUCCUCGGUCUGGCGCCUACAGAACCUAGGGAUCAGAGUGAUUCCGUAGAGGAUACCAGGCCAACCUUUUCGAGCCCCCCUAUACCGACUUUGCCACCCCAGAAUAGUACUCAGCAACGCUCCUCGUCUGUUCAGAUGCUUGACCUCGGCCCGACGCAGGUGUAUACUCCGUAUCCAAACUCCACAGGCACUACCUUGUUGCCUUCUUCGACUCUAAGUUUUCCGGGCAUGCCAAGCCUUCCAACAUUCGCAUCGCAACGCUCAGUUCCGUCACUACCGAGUAUGGCGUCUACCACAAGCUUCACCCUCAAUAUAGACGACCAGCCUAGAGGUGGAAAUGGAGCAUCAGUGGAACUAAUAGACCACUUACUCUCGCUGUAUUGCACCUGGUGGGGUCCCAUCAGUCCUAUUGUACCUAACUCGGCAUUUCCAAUAUCAAACAAGAACUCGAUGGGCCAUCCCGACGGCAAAAGGUUCAGCUCGACCGCACUAACUUCCGCAGCUUGUGCACUGGGCAGCCUUAUGCUCAGUGAUCCCCAGAGAGACGUGCGAGGCGGUGCAAGAAGCCGGUCCAGACCUAGAGGCAGUGCCACCGACUCAGCCGAGUUCGCCGGAGUGGGCAUCUACUUCGCCGAGCAUGCGUUGCGUGAACUCGAUGCACCUUUCGAGGCCUGCGCUGCCCUUAUGCUGUCCCACUCUACGGCAUACGUGUUGCUUGCAUUGUACGAAAAGAGCAAUGCAAGCCUUCGGAGGGGAAAGAGCUUCCUUCAGUGUGCUAUGGAGCUUGUCGCAAAAUUGCGCGUCGGCACCUCUUCUUCAGCCGGUCCAAGUCGCCUUGAUAGACAACAGAGGGCCGUAGCUUCUCGCAUAGGCGCAACGACCAGGAUGCUCGGUGCCGUUACAUAUUCCCCGCCACUGUUCACUUGGACUUCUGGUUAUUCAACUGCAGAAAUGGAAGAUCUGCGGUGGAUCGAGAAUGAACCUGACUAUUGGUGGCCUUAUCGUUUUCCUUACGACUCCAAUACUGCCAGGAUUGGUCGAACUGCCUUGGGGAAAGAUACGUCGAUGCUACAAAAACUCCAGGAAACUUCAGGGUCCAUCUCGGAAUACUGGUAUGCUCCCUGCGAACAUAAUCUUGGUGCAGAAGCCCGAGCCCGCCAAUUCAUGCGCCUGGCAGAGAAGCUUGACCAGUCCCGUGGGAACAUCGAGCAGCUUUAUUCUGCUCCUCGACCCCAGCUGGCGGCACAGGAACAGCUACCCGAGCUGCUCGCGUUCAGAGUCUCUUACGUUGGGUCGGUCGUACUACUCCUGAGACCCCUCCUCUCACACUCCGAGGGCCUCCACCGACGUGAUACAUCCGGGUCUAUAGUAGCCCAAAUCAAAUCUAUGACACGGGAUGGUCGACGAACACUGGAAUUGUUCCAGAAUCUCUACAGCAGCAGACAUAUGCAUGUCAUUCUAGCGUACUGGUGCUGCAUACUCACAGAGGGUGCAUUCGCAGCAUUCGAAUACCAGGCGUCCGACUGGGCCAACUCCCAUCAGUCGCAUGAUUUACCAUUUCAACGCCAUUCAGAAGAGAGAGACGAGAUAAUCUCAUUCGCAACAUCUAUGCUGCAUGAAAUGUCAUCAACCCAUCAGAUGGCCGAGUCGCUCGCUGAAUUGAUCCGAAGAGCAGCAGAGGAAUCAGGCCUCCCAGGUCCUUCAGGUGUACCUCCCACUGCUCCGCCGCUUUCGGCGCCAGGGGGGAUAUAUAACACGAGUUCUGCAUUUAAAUCGCGCCGCCGAUCGGCAUCCGCCAUGUCGUCUGCAGCUUUGACAGUCGACACAUGUCUGGACACAAGUGGAUGGCUGGGCCUUGGGCCUCCAUCCGUUCAUCUUGACUCCGCUUCCGCAGAGGCGAUUCUGGUUUCAUGGUCCCGCGUACCCAAUAUAGACAUCCCACCUCUGAUACUGUCACCCGGAGACAUCUCGCCGGCCCUAGGGGAUGAUAGACAUCCCCAAAGAGCCAAGGAGGGGGAGAUGGGUGAUACCAGCGCCUUAAACGCACGACGAUCACAUGGAGGCAUGAGUCGUAACGAAGAAAGGAGAAAGAGAGUGGGCAUCGAGCGGUUGGUCAAUCCGUGA